AAUACAUAUAAUUUAAGAAAGUUUAGCUUAAAAAUGAAAGAUUAAUUUAGAUAAGAAUAUGACCAAAUAAAAAAGUUAUAGCUAUCAAUAACAAGAGACAUAACAAAGCGAGAGUAAAUGAAAAUUUAAGGAAAAUCUCUAGGUUCUAUUGAUUCAGAAAUCAGAGGAUAACUAAAAAGUUUUGAAUCUGAUAUCUUAAAAAUUACUUAACUCGUACAGGAUUAAGAAAGAAAUCUUUAAAACUUGGGACUCACUGCAAGAGAAAUUGAGCAACGAAGAAGCAUGAUAGUUGAACUUGAGAAGUAAAAAAAACAAUAGUUAGAUACUUUAAUAUAAUAAGAUAAAAUGGCAUCUAAAAAUUAAAAAAUGUAAAAACCAGCUAACUUUUAAGAAAAAUAUGAUAUUGAAGGACAGACAAACAAAUAAAUUUAUAAAUACUAACAAUAAGAGUUGGACAGUUAAGAUAAAUAAAUAUAAGUUAUGCUCAGUACUGUUAACAAAAUAAAAACAGGUGGAUAAAACAUAGUUGAAGAAGUAGAUGACUAAGUUUAGCUUUUAAACGAUCUUGAUAUUGGAUUAGAUAAAAACACUUAAUUAUUGAAUAAAAAUUCUGGAAAACUGAAAAAUCUUUUGAAAACGAACUCUAACUUUUGUUUACUAACAUGUGUAUGCUUAGAAAUAUUUUUGUUGAUGUUUUUUUUAAUAUUUUUAUGA